GCGGGGCCUGGCCGUCACGCUCAGCCCCGCCCCCCUUGGCCGCAGUCUAUCUCCCGGAGGCGGCAACCGCUCCAGCUCGGUCCUUCCCGGUUGGCCGGGCCGGCGGCGCCUCGCUUCUGUGGUGACCAUGGGGGACCCCAGCAAGCAAGACAUCCUGACCAUCUUCAAGCGCCUCCGCUCGGUGCCCACCAAUAAGGUGUGUUUUGACUGUGGGGCCAAGAACCCCAGCUGGGCGAGUAUAACCUACGGGGUGUUCCUUUGCAUCGACUGCUCAGGGUCACACAGGUCACUCGGGGUCCACUUGAGCUUUAUCAGAUCUACUGAGCUGGACUCGAACUGGUCUUGGUUUCAGCUGCGAUGCAUGCAAGUUGGAGGAAAUGCUCACGCAUCUUCCUUUUUCCAUCAACACGGCUGUGCCACCAAUGACACCAAUGCCAAGUACAACAGUCGCGCUGCUCAGCUCUAUCGGGAGAGAAUCAAGUCGCUGGCCUCCCAGGCAACGCGGAAGCAUGGCACUGAUCUGUGGCUUGAUAGCUGUGUGGUUCCGCCUGUGUCCUCUCCACCAAAAGAGGAAGAUUUCUUUGCCUCUCAUGCUUCUCCUGAGGUGAGUGGCACAGGCUGGACAUCAGCACAGCCAGAAGCAUCUUCUUCGUCACCAAGGAAUGUGGAGACCACUCCAGCUAAUAAUGAAGGUGGACCAGAACAAGGACCAAAUGUGGAAGGUCUCAACGCACCAACAAAGGCUGCUUUAGAGGUGUCCUCUAUCAUAAAAAAGAAACCAAAUCAAGCUAAAAGAGGACUUGGGGCCAAAAAAGGAAGUUUGGGAGCCCAGAAACUGGCGAAUACAUGCUUUAAUGAAAUUGAAAAACAAGCCCAAGCUGUAGAUAAAAUGAAGGAACAGGAAGACCUUCUGGCCAGCGCGGCACCUAAGGAAGAAUCAAUCGUUUCAUCACUGCGAUUAGCCUAUAAGGAUCUUGAGAUUCAAAUGAAGAAGGACGAGAAGAUGAACAUGAGUGGCAAAAAAAAGAUAGAGUCAGAGAGACUCGGCAUGGGGUUCGGAAACUGCAGGAGUGGUAUUUCACAUUCCGUGACUUCAGAUAUGCAGACCAUUGAGCAGGAGACGCCGAUCAUAGCAAAAUCAAGAAAGAAGUACAGUGAUGACAGUGGUGACCCAUAUUUUACUUCCAGCUCAAGGUACUUUGACGAGCCGAUGGAGUUAAGGAGCAGUUCUUUUUCUAGCUGGGAUGACAGUUCAGAUUCCUAUUGGAAAAAAGAGACCAUCAAAGAUACGGAUACUAUCCUGAAACCCACGGGCUAUUCAGACAGACCUACUGCCCGCCGUAAGCCAGACUAUGAGCCAGUUGAGAACACAGAUGAAGCCCAGAAGAAGUUUGGCAAUGUCAAAGCCAUUUCAUCAGAUAUGUACUUUGGAAGACAAGCCCAAGCUGAUUAUGAAACCAGGGCUCGGCUGGAGAGGCUUUCGGCGAGUUCCUCCAUAAGCUCAGCGGAUCUGUUUGAUGAGCAGAGGAAGCAGACGGCAGGAAGCUACAACCUCACGAGCGUGCUGCCCACUGCGCCUGACAUGGCCCAGUUUAAGCAGGGAGUGCGAUCGGUUGCUGGAAAGCUCUCGGUCUUCGCUAACGGCGUCAUGACUUCCAUUCAGGUCAGUGCCCCGGGGGGUGACAGGAACGGAGCGGGGUGGUGGCUCCGGCGUGGAAAACGCCACUUGGACCGCUCUUCACCUGCUGGCAAAUUACAUUUCCUGCUGUUGAUUUAUAUGUUUGCUACGGUGUAACCCGGGCCGUCAUGCAAACCAGAAAUUGGGCUUUUAUUCCUGCUUAAAUGUUCUCGUUGAUGACGCUAGAGGAAUUGUUACAGGAGUUGAUCGUAUGCUCUGCUAUCCUGUGUUGGAACAGAGAAAUAGGAAGAAGAAAAUAAAAACUGCCCAUGAUCCCAAGGACAGCUUCUGUUACUGUUUUGGCAUAUUUUAUUUUAGUUCUUGAUUUCUAUGCACACCUUCUUAGAACUCAAACGGAUUAGGUUGUAUAGAUGAUUUGACAUUCUCCGUGGUGCUCUGCUGUGAGCAUUUCUGGGUAAUUCUUCAGAAGCUACCUUCUGUUGAGCGAAAAUGCAGAACGUUUAUUUGACUCUUCCCUAAUUUGGGGAUUUACGUGGCAUUUCGGUCUCCGAAAUAAGGCAAGGACGGGGCAUCCUCGCGCACAACAGCGGAAGGCCAUCUCUUAAGGCUUACUUCGUGAACCUUCUGGUGUACGUCCUGUUCUUCUAGGUUGCUGCUGCUAAUGCGAAAACGUGGCCACGGGCGGUAGGACCUAAUCAGUGUGGCCUCUGGUGCCUCUGAAGGGGCUUCCCCGCUUGGGGAGGGGGUGGGGCGGCCCCCACUGAAGAGAAUCCCCUCCGCCCAGAGGUUCCUGCUGUUUUGGCUGCUGUUGAGAACAACCUUUGGUUAGAAUUCACGGGGCUCUUUUCAUGUCCCUGAGGUCAGCUGAGCCCACAUCAGGCCUUCCACGGAGGUGACAUCCGUAUUUUAGGGAAGGUCAUCCCCCUUUUAUAGGGUACCCCUCUUUUAUACCUUUAUUUUAUAGAUGCAGAAUCGGAGGUACGGAGGUUAAGUUGCUUCUGCAGGAUCUGCAGGAUCGCUCAGCUGAGCCAGAAUUUCAGGGUUCAGACUCCACGUGUGUUACACCUGCCUCCCAGAGAGAGGCUCACCCCUUGGCUCCCCACCCCCACCCCCAGAUGCUUUGCGCCCCUCCCCACAGACCCCCCCCCCCCACAGCGCAGGAGCCGCAGGUGGCCGCGGGGGUCAGGGACAGGAUGUCCUCCUGUCCACGGCCCACGCAGACCUCGGCAUCAGGAAGCCCCGGCUGUGGCCACGCCCCUGCCAGUUACUGGGCUCCUGGGGUUGGGGGGGGGCGGCGUACGUUCCAGAUGCCAGACGGUCGGUGUUCUGUGUUCACUGCCAUGUCAGUUUGGGAACGCUGAGCGUUCGGUGCGCGUGAGAGGGAGAACCCGGCGCUGAGCGCGAGCAAACGUGCAUCUUGCUUC